UUGGCACUCAUCGCAGAAUGAGGCGAACGCACGGUUCUCGAGGGAGGGGAGUGGUCGCUGGGAAGGGAUUUGUGCCUCCGAGGGGCAAACACGGCCACGGAACCCAUAACGAUGGCGGGCCGCCACCAUCAUCCUCCACCGAGGGGACAGAUCACAGCCGCAAUGCCAUCCACACGCCUCUCCACCAGCCCAGGGACCAGCGCACCGCCCAUGACGACUGUAAGAUGCUCAGAUGCCCACCAUCACACAGCCUUCAUUCAUCCAUUGAUCGCAUCCUUCCUUUGUUGUUGGUCAGUUUGGAAGAGAAUCCGGACCAAACCUCCGACGAACCGGACGGGCCAUACGACGCUGCGGAGCACCCUGCAGGAAAUGCGCACGAACAACAAGAGCUCCGCGGCGGCCUCACGGCAGGCCCCCGAGUCGCCCGAGGUCGAGGUGAAGCGGCUCACCGUCCCUGCGGCCCGUGUGGAGAGCAAGUACGAGCCACAGACGCUGAUGGAGCAGGUGAACACAUGGAAGGAAGGAUGGGUGUCAGGCAUCACAUAUUCAUGCAUCACUGUGGGUGGUCGGUUUUCCGUGUAUGUGUGGCCUGCCACCAUCUGUAGGUGAGUUUGCUGGACCAGAUCGGCCGGCUCUGCCGAGGGGACAAGCGGUUCGCCCAGCACGUCGAAAAGGCGGCCAGGCGUGCGGCCAACGGGGGAUGUGGGGGUGACGAGGCCAAGGGAAUCCUGGCGCUGGUGCAGGACAAACAGCGGGGCGACAGAAACGAACUCCUCUUCAUCGACGUACGUACGCAUCUCACCCAUGAGGCGGGCGGCACGGGCAGGCGGAUACAUACCCCUUCCCCUCUCUCUCUCUCUGUGUGUGUGUGUGGUGUGGUGUGGUGUCAGCUCGACGGCCAGGUGCUGGGGGAUAAGCCGGGGGGCGACUUGUCGACAUUCCAGUCGUUAUCAGCAGAUGGGGAGGGCAUCGACCGCCCCAAGGAGCCGCCCGGCUCGUCGUCGGCCACCCUCCCCUCCCGCCACCCCGAGACCCCUCCCAGGCGCCCACGCACUCCAGCCACACCCAAGAAACGCCCGCAGAAGAUGCGUCACGGCCCGCACAUCACGGGAUCUCCUGACGGUAUAGAGUCCGCCAUCGACACCACAACACAAACUCAAAGGGCGGUGGAAACGGGCCUUGUCUUUGAUGUGUGCAGGUAGCCGUCUGCGUACGUCGCCGGGUGUGGGCGGCAGUGAGAGUCGCGCGCCUGCACCGUCACUGUUGACCGCUGGAAAAAGCAAGACGGGCGAGCAGGUGCGGUAUGAGGUGCGGCGGAUGGCCGACGAGAUGGGCUGGCACAACUCGUGUGAGGUUGAAGGGGUGGAGGUGGCCUUUGCAUCGCUGGUCAAACCCAGGGAGGAUGGAGAGACGGAGGGGGAGGAGGCUGCGGCGAAGGUGAGCACACCGCUCAUGUGUCCCUGGGUCUGUCUGUCCAUCCAUCCAUCCAUGUGUCAUGCUCUUGUUUGUGUGUGUGCGUGUGUGUGUGUGUGUGUCAGCGGGGUGUGUCUAACGAGUGUUUGGGGCCGGUAGCCAAGGUUCCCGAGGACCCUGCCGUGCUGCAGCUCAAUGGCGAGCGAUACUUCCUCCCCAUCACACACAAACCCACGUACCUGACACACCCACAGACACGCACAAAGACAUCAUCCAUAUCCCCUCCCCUCCCCCAGAUGUCUUUCGUCUAGUCGUAGUGACGGCCGUGGCCAUAUGGCGGCUGCCAUGAAGGGACCUUCUGCGAUCGAGAAAGAGGCCCAGGGGUGGGUAGGAAACGAGCGGCCUACACAGACAGGCGCAGGGAUUGAUUUCCCCGCUUUCUUGUGUGUGCAGGGUUGGUGCUCAUGGCGGUGUGAAGGAGUUGACGUGGGACACUUUGCACGAGCUGCUGUCGCGGGCCAAGAGGGAGAGGGACAUACUCCUCAAAGACAGAUAUGAGCUAGACAGGAGGUACACACACACACACACACACACAUGGGUCCAGACACCUAGGAGGGCGCGUGUGUGUGUGAGUGUGUCAUGCAUCAGGUCUAAGCAGCGCAUCCAGCAGUUGGAGGGCGAGGUCGAAAUCCUCAGAAUGACCGACACCAAGAGGCACGCUUGCACACCCACCACCCCCAUAGCGUGUGUCCAUUGUCUCGGCCUGUGGUGGCGUAUGCCCAUGUCAGGUUGGUCGACAACUUGUCCAACUGCAGCCGCACGCCCGAGGAGAUGACCACCAUUGCCAAACAUCUCAUGCAGAGAAGAGCCGUCAUCCUGCAGGAGGAAUUGCCUCUUAUCGAACAGGCAGCCCGCCCACCCCACGGCGUGCACCACAUCAGGCCCCGGUGUGUGUGGGUGUGUGUGUUCUGUAGAUGGCGACCAAGACCAUCAGGUUAGCUCAGGCGGCCGAGCGCGCCAAUCGGGAGGACAAGUGCGUCGUCUGCUCAGAGGAAGAAAAGGACACCAUCCUGCUGCCGUGCGUAAGGCGGGGAAUGAACGAAUGGGACACCGCACCCCCCCGCCAUCCAUCCAUCCAUUCACCCGUCAUUGUGUGAUGUGUGUGUGUUUCUGGACGGCAGGGCCACAAGUGCGUGUGCUUCGCGUGCGCCGCCAGCGUUGUGCAGCAGCAGGCCACCAUCAACCGGGUCUGCCCCGUCUGCAAGAUGUACGUAGCCAGGAUCGACACGGUCGCGGCGUCAUGAUGAUGAUGGAGGAGGAUGACGGAGGUGCCUUUCAAUUGGCACCGUCCAUCCAUCCAUCCAUUCUGUAGCCCCGCUAGAAUAGAACCGAAUUGGCCCAGCCACACACAAGCAUACAAGUGAAUGGAUUGAUUGACAUGGACACGGGGGAGGGACACACUCACACACACAGAGGGAGACACUAGAUGGGUCCGUUUGGUCUCUCUUAUUAUGCCGUCGGGCACGACAGACGGACACACACACACGGACACACCAAGACACACACACACGCUCUCUCUCUCUCUCUCACACACACACACACACACACACACAUGGACUGUACACACACGCAUUGGAUUGCAUUUGUAUGUAUACAUACGUAUGGCUGGCUGCAGUCAGUGGUGCGGUAGUGGGGUGCGUGGCCACCGUGGGUGCGAUUCAUUCCCGCGUGAGGGUGUGGGUGUCUGCAAUGCAUCAUGUGGGUGACGCGCGAGAGGGGCACAGACACACAACCAAUCACCAAACCUUUUUUCUUUCUACCAAAUCAAGAUGGAUGGAUGGAUGGAAGUAGCGAGGCAAAAAAUCCGGAGGGGACAC